UAUUUGACAUUUUUUAACUUAUUUGCUCAUCGUUGUUAAAAGGGAACCAGAUGCGACAACAUGUCAUUUAAUUGAACAGGUUGUUCUCUGUUCGGUUUAGUUUUCUGUUUGAAACGUAUUUUAAAUGUCUUUACUUCUACUGCUCCAGUCAUGUCAGCAGGUGUGAGCUGCAGGUGUGAGCUGCAGGUGUGAGCUGUGUUACAGCUGAUGGGUUCUGCCACUCAGAGCAGGAGUGGAGGAGGAGUCACAUACAGGACUGAGCUCAGGUGUGAACCCUCUCACCUGCCUGCACCCUGAGCUCUGCCCUCACAGCAGAUGUCAGUUCAAAUCAAAGUUUCCACAGAAGCAGCCUGAACUUAUCUCAGUGAGGACGAGACGACAUGUACAGUCUGAUGAACGGUGACCAGAGUUUGACCCUCUGUGGUCGGCGUCGUCACAGUAAAACAAAGACCUACAGACCGAGACAUCUGCAUCAGAGCACCUUAACCCUGGGCGACACAGCACCCUGCUACACCACUACCCACACCCAGAGUUAUUCUGGCCUGUCGGCUGACGGACGUCCUCUCAUCUUCCACCUGAGAGACCCCGGUUUCCCCUCACAGCAUCACAACUGUCUGGAUCUGAGCAACGUCACAGCCCUGCAGUGUCCACAGCUGUCACACACUAAAGACGUCCACAGGCCACAGCACAUUACUCCAAGAACUGACCCCACGGCUGAAAACUGGGCUCGAUAUCGCAGCGGUCAGGCGGUCAGAGAGAUCACCAACCCACAGGAUCCGUCUGAGUACUGGACCACCUACAGACUGGAGCACACCCCCCCGGUAACUGACGGCUCGACACAGCUGGCCGGAGGCAGACCGACACAGUGGCACCAACACAACAUACUGACAGGUGAACAGAAACAGACAGCUGGUCCAGAGAAGCCCAGCAGACAGAUCAGAGACGAGCCGCUGUGGGCAGCGAGGCGCUGGGAGACAGACUGCUCUGCACUCAGACUCUACUGACAUUACAACUUACUGACAGGAAGCAGCCCUCCAUUAAAACCUGCCUCCUCCAGGACUCUCCUCUGGUUUGUUGAAGCUUUUAAAGUUGAUGGUUGUAGUGAAUGUGGAGGAGCAGGACAGCAGCUCACUCAUGAUAUUCCCUGAUCAUCUCAUUUCUCACAUCAUACAACUCUGUGGUUUUCCAUACAGCAGGGUGUGUGAGGAAUGAAGCGGAGUACAAUGAAUCCUCAGUGAGACGUGUCUCCUCUGAGAUGUUUAAAAACAGAACAGGCCUGGAGGGAAACACUUCAUCUGUUUAUUGAAGUAACAGCACAUAACUCUGUUUGCAGAGUGAAAUGUCCUCACUCCACAGUCACGGAGUCUUAGUCUUAUAUAAAACAUCUAUCCACUGGUUUUAAAUGUAGACGUACGACAGUCCUUCCACCAUCAGCUCCAUCUUUCAUUUCAGCACCUCAGCUUGUGAAGAGAAUAAACACAGGCCAGUAGAAAUUCAUUUAAAUCAAACUUUAUUCAUUGUCAUAAAGAUUUCCAAUAAAGACAAAUAAUGAAAUGAGUUGAAAGACAGUGAUGAGACCAGGAGGAGACGGAGGAGGAAAGAACACAUAAAUAACAGAGAGAGAAAA